AUGUGUGGUCGCCGGCAUCAAAGGGUCACAGGGCUUCACCUACAUUCUCAACAAUUGGCAGGGUCCAUAUCACCAUAUGUAGGAAAUCUAAGCUUCCUCAAGGAGCUAAUUUUAAGCAACAAUAGCUUCACUGAUGAAAUCCCUCCACAAAUCGGCCACCUGCGUAGGCUGCAGAGUUUAAUACUGGCUAAUAAUUCAUCGAGUGGAGAAAUUCCAGCCAAUAUAUCCAGUUGCUCCAACCUCAUAGAGAUUCAUCUCGGUGGAAACAAGCUAGUAGGGAAAAUUCCUAAUACUCUUGGGUCCUUGUCAAAGCUCGAAAAACUUGGUUUGUACAAGAGCUUUCUGACAGGAACUAUCCCUCCUUCAUUUGGGAACCUUACAUUUCUUGUAUCCUUUGUUGCACUUGAGAAUUUCUUAAAUGGAAGUAUCCCUGAGUCUCUAGGCCGAAGUACAAGCUUAAACUUGUUUUCAGUGGGUGAAAAUAUGUUGUCUGGUGCUGUCCCUGGUUCCGUUUUCAAUAUUUCUACUCUUACUGCUUUGGAUUUGAUGGGAAACCAAAUCCAGGGGAGUCUUCCCUCAGACAUGUUCAAAACUCUUCCCAAUCUCCAAAUUAUCAACCUUGGCCUCAACCAAUUCAUAACCGGGAUCCAUUCCCGUGUCCAUAUCCAGUGCCUCCAAUUUGGAACAAUUUAUUGUUGCAGGAAACAGCCUAACUUGACAAGUUCCCUCUUUGCAGAAGCUCUAUAG